AUGUGUGUUAUAAUACAAGCUAUCAUCAAGCCUCAGUAUGUUGAUCAUAUUCCAAAAGGAGUGCAAGGGAAUGUAGGGAAGAAGCUGAAAGCUGCUCAAGUUGUCCGAUCAUUGCUAAGGCUUAAUAGCUACGUAAUUGUUAUUGAGCAUGAUCUUAUUGUCUUGGACUACUUAUCAAACUUUAUUAACUGUUUGUAUGUGGAUCUGGUUUCCCUUCACAGAGCAACUUCAAGUUUACUGAGUUCACUAUCCGAGUUGUCUCUUCCAUGCAACUCGGUAUCGACCUUUCCGACUAACAGAGUAAGCAAUUCAUCAAAACCACCACACGAGUUCAAUAAGAAUGAGAGGCACCGUGUGAGGUUGGCUUCACAGAGCAACGACUACCCUCGACUCUCAAUAGUGGAGGGAUUACAAGCCACCGCACCUCGAGUCCAAUAUAACCAGUGA